ACUGGGCAGCGGCCUCAUCCAAUAAUCUCUGAAAUUAAAAUGGCUCCGCCUCUACGGUUCAAAAGAGAGCGCUGGGUUUCAUUUCAUCGUGUCGACACAACAAGCUGCUUCUCUACUGUUAAUGGUGGAAAGUAGGAAGCAGCAAGCCGAGAAAUUAUGUUGGUGAUGAUGAUUGAACCAGCGACGGCCUCCCGCUUCGCCGCCGGCGCUAAUUUCUGCUCGGCCGCCACCUUAUCCCAUUAUCGCGGAGCGGCCAACUUGGAGGAACAUAGCAGAGCAAGCGGCACCACUCGCCGGCAGCUGCGCACGGCCAGCUUCGACCUACCGUGGAAGAAAUCUCAGCGAUCAAGAGCUGGUUCUGUACCAAAGAGUACGAUUCGAGCAUCUCAAGGACAAUUGGCAUCCGGCUCGGAUUCCUCUGAGCAGAAUGACAAAGUGCAGUAUCAUCCAUUUGAGGGGAUUGCCGAUUCGGCCUCCAAAGGUAGUGGAGAUGCUAGGCUUACAGCCGAAGAGACUUGCAGGACUAUUGUCGAGAAUCGGAGUGGUACUUUUGCAUGGCUAACGCUGUCUGUAGUGAGUCAUAUUCAGGUGAACAGCAGAGCUACUGUGAUGCUGACCAACUUGUUCAAUGAGGAAAUUCAUGAGAAUAUCGUGUGGUCAGACAUGCCAUAUGUGACUGAUGAAUAUGGAAAUGUCUAUUUUCAAGUGAAGAAUGAUGAAGACAUACUGAAGACGCUUACGUCAGAGAACAACUAUGUGCAAGCUAUUAUAGGCUUUGAUGCAGACGACAUGAUCAGUGAGAUGGAGCUGCUGAAUAAUUCUGACAUUGACUUUGAGGGAAUUGACGAUGAAGAUAGUGAUGGCGAAGAAGAUGAUGAUGAUGACUAUGACGAGGAAAUAGUAGCUGUCCUCGAAGAUGACGGCGAUGAGGAUAGUGAUGACGAUGGUGAUGAUGAAGACUGGGAAGACGGGGAUUCUUCUCAUCCAAUGUAUUUUGCCAAAAGGCUGACUCAGAUUGCUUCAGAUGAUCCUGUAGAUUGGAUGAAGCAACCACCAACUGGUCUGGCCAUACAAGGCCUUCUAAGACCUGCAUUUGACGAGGAACAUACCGACAUCCGGAGGCAUAUGUCUGACAAUAAACUCCGUCACGAAGAUCAGGCUGGGAAAGAGAAAGCAGAAAGCAAAAAAGAUGAUCUUGGUGCAAUCAAUGGUCAGGAAACCAAGCCUGCAUCAUCUGAAGAUGUUUCAGUCCGUGCAGAGAAAGAUGUGGCUGCCCCAGCGACUGGGACUUCAUUUUACAAGCUUGAACCGAUAAAGAUCCAGCUUAUUUCAGCUGAUGGACAUCAAGUAGGUUCUUAUGUUCACAUAAUGCAGAUUAUGUCCCCAUCGACUUCAGUUGAACCAGAAGAUUUUAGGAAUGCCAAGCCUGAUGCCAUUGCUCACUCAGCAGCCAAGAUCAUAUCCCGUCUCAAAGACGGUGGUGAAGAGGUCACGGAAGCCCUGAUAUCUCUGUGUUGGAGAUGUAAAGGCAUCCAAGUUGAGGAAGCAACCGUUACAGGCAUGGAUUCUCUGGGUUUUGAUUUGAGGGUUUGCUCUGGAACUCAAGUCCAGACAUUGCGAUUUGGAUUCAACUCACGGGCAACUUCGGAAUACAGCGCAGAGAGACAACUUAACGAUUUACUAUACCCGAGGACCAUCCAGAUGCCCCUGAAACAGAAAGAGCCUCAGCAAAAUGAACAUCAGUAGCGCUCUCUCCUCUCUCUCUCUCUCUCUCUCCCAUCUUCUCUAUCAAAAUAACUCCUUUGCGGCACAAUCAGUUAUUCAAAUGCUGGUAAUAUUAUUGGAAUCCCAUUCUUUUCUCCCUUCAACACCUGCUAUACGUUGAUUUGGCGGGAAUAGAUUGCUGAAAUAUUUCGACAAUGCUUUCUCGAGAACAUCCAUUACAGGGCAGCCAAAGAGACCGAGAAAGCCGAAUGUAAGCAUAGAAAGAAAGGCUCGAAUCACCAAAAAAUUCUGCUUCAUUCUCCAUACUCAUUUCUCUCCAGGUACAAGCUCUGUAUAUCCAUUUCAUUCCACUCUUCCUCUCUACCUUACUUCUUAGCUCGAGCUGCUUCGUGCACGAAUUGCGCCACGAGCAUGUCCACACCCGCUUAACCAACAGAUUUGAACACAGUAAUCUCAUCACAGCCCUUCCUCCCAACCCUUUCCCCACCCACCAGCUCCCCUGCCUCGACCAAAGCCGCCUCAUUAUUCCGCGAACACCGCCCCUGCCCUCUUCAAUGCAACGUCGUUGCGCUCCCUCGUGUUCUCUCCUUGAACGACCAGACCAAAUCCAAAUGCGCCCCUGGCUUCAGCUUCCCCCUCUUCACCAACGGCGGAGCAUCCUCAUUUGUUCGUCGCACAGCUCACUAUUUCCCCCAGCCUGAUCACGUCAUCCAAAUCCUGAAACUCACACCUUAGAGUUCCUCGUUCAGCCUCUCGGCGAGCUCCACAACCUUGCUCUGCGUCCUGUUCCAGAUGAUCACCUCUCCGGGGCUGCGAGGUGGGGCCCUGAUCAGGUGCAGCGCCAGGGCGCCCACGCCGACCAUCACGAGGACUCGACUGUCGGUCCGAGCGAGGAGCUUCGAGGCGAGCCCCGAGAGGCAGGAGCCAGAAGGUCCGGUAGAGGACCUUG